GACUCUUAUCUCUGUAACGUAUUGAUUCCUGAAUUUGUCUUCGCCACCGAUCAACUCUCCGACCCGGUAAACCCGAACUAACCCCAAACCGAUCAAAAGCGAACCAAAACCGAACUAAAGUUGUUCGGUUCAUAAUUCGGAAAGGGAAUGUGGUUGGUUCGGUAACCAGGUUCUUGUCGAUCAAACCGAAUUUCCGAUCUCAAAACCGAGAAACCGAACAACUAAAGCUAGUCUAGACAUAUGGCUUCUAAGCCCACAUACUCAGCCCAAACCUUUCUCAUCUGCCAUCAAAGCCCACCGAAAACCACUCCAUCAACCCUAGCCCACUCACUUAACCCAUACAUUUUCCCCUCUGCCAUUAAGCCCACCCAAAAACCAAUCAACCCUCACAGCUCAAUCCCGCCUAAACACACUAAAAAACCGCUCCUUUUUUGCGUGCCCAUGGCGCCACUGCCGCUUGCAUCAUCGACGACGCCGGCGCCGCUUGCAUCAUCGACGGAGACAGCCGACAGGGGAAGAUUGGCGUUGGAGAAGGAGAGAUAUGUGCACGACUUUGGCGACGGAAGGAGAGAUCUGGGCUUUGCAUGCGGCGUAAGAAAAAGGGAGUUGAGCACGACCCGACGGCGAAGGUAUCUGAGCACGACCCGACGGCGGAGGGAGGAAGAAGGGCCUCGCCGGGCAGUGAUGCUUUCUCUAGGAUUGCGGCCGGCGACUUAUGGAGCAGGAUUUCAGAUGUGGUUGCGGGAGAGGGGGGGAAGGAGAGGAGGAAGUGAGAGAUGGCAUAGAUUGAUUUUGUUGUGGUAGAAAUUAAUUAGGUUUUGUCAU